CUUUUGCCGUACCGUGCUUCGCAAUGGAAUCAGUGAAACGGGCCAACCAGCGGCUUCGCAGUUAUCCACUGUUAAUGGCCAAGUGCUCAGUUGCCGCCGCCGCGUACGCUACAUGCGUGACAACCGAUCUUAAUGUAGCGCAUCGUUCAUGCGAUAAAGAAUUUAACAACUUCAAAGAGUGCAUGAGGAAAGCCGCUAUCGAAAUGAAAACAAAGUUGUAGAAAGUUGACUUGUGUGAACGAAGCUAACAAACGUAGAAAUCCCUUUAGAUAACGAAUGCCGCAAACACUAACCUAGGGUAUAGUUUCAUAAACACACCACAAACUGUGAA